AUGCAGCUGUACGGUUGCUUCGUUUCCAGACUCGCCCCGCAAGGAAGUACAACCAACGCCACUUUGGGCACUAGUCCCUUGAUUGUACCUACCGUGGUGUCCUCUGAAGGAGAUGCUCGUGAACUUGUGUGGGUCGGAGAAUCUUUGAAUACCACCUUGGCUCGUUUGUUAGCGGUUCCCCAUGGCGAACGAUGGGCGGAACAGUUACGCCGUGAAUUCCGUGUCUCGGAGAAACGAUAUGCUCACUUGCGGCUCAUUGGUUUAGCUGUUCAGAAUGAUUGUUGGCGCGAAGUUGAGAAAAUGUCAAAAAUGUCUAAACCACCGGUUCACAUUGAGACUUUGAUCCAAAUUUGCAUUGAUCAGAACCACUUUGAAGAAGCACAGAAAUUGGUGCCUCAGCUUCCAGCCGAGCGUCGAGUGCGCUUCUGGUUACUGUGCGGCCAAGUCGAGGAGGCGAUUCAGGUCGCUGUUCGGGAACAAUCAGAUAAUGACUUGUGCUUGAUUCAAGAACACGUGGGAAGAUCUAAUCGCACUAUGUACGACCGAUUGACAGCGUUACGACAACAGCUCCGUUAG